AGGCGAAAAACUGCUGUCAAAGAGUGUUGAAAAUUUUCGACUACGGCCUGAUGGCAGGCGCUUCGUGAGGAGCAACCACAGCAAAAAAGCAACAACUUCGAAAGGUGAACGGUGCAAAUUGGCCCGAAAGUGAGUAUGGCCAGCGGAAGUGAGAGUUCCGACGAGUUUUACGAUGCACUGGAAGACAGCCUAGUGGGUAGAGCUUCAAUCGAUGACGAAGGAGGAAGGACUGCCGGUGGCAGUGCCAGCAAAAGACGUUCCGUGAAUCGAACCGAACCGAAUCAUCCGGCAGUGCACGAACCCACCAGCAGCGAUCAUCAUGCAGCAAAGUACACAGAAAGCUUGCAUUCCGUACAGCAGGGAGGCCGGAUCCAGCUGGCAGGACAGCUUGAACCAACGUCGGACAGAACAUCGAGAAGGAGUCCUCUCAAACCGACAGCCAAAGGACUUUCGGGCAGCAUUGCUUCCUCUGCCUUUGCUGACAAACCGUUCAAGGAACCAAAAUCGCUUCGUAGUCAGCGAUUUCACGAGUUGCGCCAAAGCAUGCAAAACGACGAAGACGAGAAUCCGGGCAAUAUUCUGACACCUGACUCACAGAAUAGUUCCGUAGAGGGUAUGUACGUGUCGACUAGCCGAUCAAACUAUCCGUUUCGUGUGAUUGAAAGCGAUGUUGCUAGCAUCCAUAGCAUAUCCUCGCUCGGCAUUGUGGGACGCAUUAUGGCUGGCGGUAGCAUUGAUGCAAGCGCACACAGCACAGGUUCGUCGAAUAUGAAGCAGAUGCAAUCGGCAAACAAACAGCAAACCAGCAAGAAAGGCAGCAGCGGAACAGGAGGUCCUAAGGAUCCAGCGAAUUCAGAUGUUACGAAUAGCACAAAGCACCUUGCGAACGCGAAAACCGCCGAUGCAGGAGUAUUCGCUGGUCCUGCCGCCACUGUCAAAAACAUCACCACCAGCGCCUCCGUACCAGAGCGACCGGUGGCUCCGCCCCGUCGGAAGAAAAAAACGCGCAAACUUUCAAGCAGCUCCUCCGAGCAGUGCAAUAUGAACGAAGGCCUUAAGCUACCACCGGCAGACAGUUCAUCCAGUGAGUUGCUGAUGGUUAAGCUCCCACCAUCGGUAACGGUUGGUACUGAUACGACCACAUCUAAUAUCACUACCAAGCACAGCAGCAGUAUUGGCAGCAAUGGUGCAAGCAGUGCGAGCGGUUCCGAUGUCACUACAACCGGCGGUGACAGCAACAGUGGUCAAACGCUUCCAUCUCCUGCCACGCUCGAAUCGAUUACUCGCGAGAUAGAAAAUUCAUUCGAAGAGGCAGCAUGUGCAGUGGUGGGAGUUGGAACCGGUGCCGUAACCACCACCAUCGCUAAUGGUGGUAGCGGUAGUGGUGUCGGUAGCAGUAGUGGUGAUGCAUCGCUGAUGCGGCUCGCCGCGCACCAACCGUCCACGACACUAGCGCUCGGCGGAAGUCAGCCUAAGUGCAGCCAUAUCAGCCCGACGGGCAGCAUCAAGAGCAUUUCCAGCCCAUCGUCCCACGUUAGCUGGACGGAUAAUGCGCAGGGACUGAACAUCUACAAGGCGACCAAGGGCCAGUACGUAGUGAAGCCGACUGAUGGCGCGUUUAACAAGGCUGAAGGACCGUCCCGUGACGAGAUCGCACGGGUUGAGCGUAUCCGGCGUGAAUUUUUCCGUAAUGUCGGCAGCGGAAUCGGCGUGGCUGGUGGUGGUAGUGGUACCGGAAGCGUUGGAGGUGUUCCCGGUUUAGGUGUCACCGGGAUAAGCAAUCAUCGGAAGAACUAUUCGUUCACUGGUACGAACAGUCUGGAGGGUGGCAUGCGACACAGCAGUCAGGUAGGGAAGCAAUUACAGCUGCGCGAGCGCCGCAAAUCUGCAGGCGACGAGGAACAGUUCAAGCAAAUGAACAUGUACGUACGUACGCGCACCAACUCCGGCAAGCAACUCACAGACAUGGAGAUUCUCGAGCAGGUCCCAGUGAAAAAUCUUGAUACGGGUGAAAACUUCCCAUUGUCCGCGGUAGAAGAAAAGUUGCCCCAUUGCAUUAAUCCACUGUCUCUGCACAUCAUGCGCCUGACGAGUCACAUCCCCGAAACGGAUGAAGAGUCGGUGGGACCGCAACCUGACUCGGACUCGAUACAGCCCGGCUACGAGGAAGAGCUAGAAUCGGAGGGUCUCGAACGUGGGCGAUUGAAGCGUCGAACGGCGAGGUUGAAACGAUUCUUUCGUACCACGGCAAAGAAGACGGUCAACAAGGCGAAAUCAAUCGCGUCGGAAGUGUCCCACGCACGGCAUAAGGAGGACGUGGCCGACAUUCAGGACGUAGGGAACCCGGAACAGAACAUCAAGAUUAAAGCGUCCAGUACGAACAAAGGACCGUACGAUUUUGCCAAGCUGCAGCACGUGCAGGACCUAUCGGGUGAGCACACGGUGGCGGUUUGGUGCAUGAAGUUUAGUAGCUGCGGCCGGCUACUAGCAACGGCCGGGCAGGAUCGCGUGCUCUGCAUCUGGGUGCUGAAAGAUGCCUAUCCAUUCUUCCAAACGAUGCGUACGAAGUAUAACGCGUACCAGAAAUCGUCCCCUUCACCGUCGGAAGAGGCGCUGAACACAACGUUCGUGACGGUGUGCAAGGACGAGUCGUUAACGGCGGAAACGUCUGACGAUCCAUCGCCCGGCCCGUUUAUGUCACGCUCGUUCUGCACCUACACCGGCCAUACGUCCGAUCUACUCGAUGUGUCCUGGUCGAAGAACUAUUUCAUCCUGUCCAGCUCCAUGGACAAAACUGUCCGACUGUGGCACAUCUCGCGGCGUGAAUGUCUCUGCUGUUUCCAGCAUAUUGACUUCGUGACUGCAAUCGCAUUUCAUCCGCGGGACGAUCGUUACUUUCUCAGCGGCAGCCUGGAUGGCAAGCUGCGGUUGUGGAACAUCCCGGAAAAGAAGGUGGCCCUGUGGAACGAGGUCGAUGGACAGACGAAACUUAUUACAGCGGCGAAUUUUUGCGCUAACGGCAAGUUUGCGGUUGUCGGUACGUACGAUGGGCGGUGCAUCUUCUACAACACGGAUCAACUCAAGUAUCACACGCAAAUACACGUACGGUCCACAAGGGGACGUAAUGCAAUCGGACGUAAAAUAAGCGGUAUCGAACCAAUGCCAGGCGAAGACAAAAUUCUGGUAACAUCAAACGAUAGUCGCAUCAGGUUGUACGAUUUGCGCGAUUUAAAUCUCAGUUGCAAAUACAAGGGUUACCUAAACUCAUCGUCACAGAUCAAGGCGUCGUUCAGCCAUGACGGCAAAUACAUCAUAUCUGGCUCGGAAAACCAGUGUAUCUAUAUCUGGAAAACACAUCACGAGUACACCAAACUAAGCUCGGUUCGCCGUGAUCGAAGCGAUUUCUGGGAAGGCAUUAAGGCGCACAACGCUACCGUUACAUGUGCAAUUUUUGCACCCAAACCGGAAGCGAUUAUCAUGCCCGAAUAUGACGAAUUAAACAACAGCAAUAUCACCCUCAACCAAUCGCUCGUCGAACAAAGCAAUAAAGCGUGCGGUGGGUAUGUAAUGGUGAGCGCUGACUUUAGCGGAUGUAUUAAGGUGUUCAUCAACAAAACGAAACCGAAGCACAGUAGCCUUCCGUACACGGCGAUAGCGGAUUAA